CCUUCCCUCUUAAAGUUACGAAUGCCUCAAGAAAUACAAGCAACAUUGAAUAAUCUGGAUAAGAACUGUGGUACUCUACAUGCAUGCCGUGUGUAUCAGUCUGCUGGAUGUACUGCUAUUUUAAUAUUUUAAAUGUCAACAUUUUCUAACUUUGCAGAUGGAAAACUACACAUAUAACAGUCCCAUGCUCCAGCUGGAGGGCUUGAAGGUCGCAGAUUACUCAGUGCGCCUCGUCUUUUUCAUGUUUCUGUUUUCCUACAUCAUAUUCAUGAUUAUGAAUCUGGGUAUUUUAAUAAUCAUUGUUUUUGAAAAGAAUCUUCAUCAGCCCAUGUAUGUGCUGUUUGGCAACCUGACGGUCAGUGACAUCAUUGGAAGUACUCAUAUUUUACCCCGUUUGCUUUCAGACAUCUUGCUGCCUCCAUCUGAGCGUCUCAUCAGUUAUUAUGAAUGUGUGGUUCAAGCUUUUACUACACACAUGUUUGGCACCACUUCCCACACAGUGCUAAUGGUCAUGGCCUUUGACAGAUACGUUGCCAUCUGUCGUCCCCUGUCCUACAGCACCAUAAUGACCAACAGGAUGAUAGUAAAGCUAAUAGCGCUGUCCUGGGGCGUGCCGUUUGUGCUGGUUGGGAUUCUGCUGGGUCUGACUGUGAGGCUAAACCGAUGCAGGACCCUCAUCGCCAACCCUUUCUGUGAUAACGCCUCACUUUUCAAGCUUUCCUGCGAGAGUGUGAUCAUUAAUAAUAUCUAUGGUCUGACAUUCACUGUGUUGCUGUAUGUAGCGUCUAUUGGCUGCAUUAUUCUCACCUAUGGGAGCAUCACAGCAGUCUGUCUGGCCACUAAGAACAAAUCUUUGAACAGUAAAGCAUUUAAGACUUGCAGCACACAUCUGGUCGUUUAUCUUAUAAUGUCUCUUAGUGGCUUUACAAUUGUUGUUCUCCAUCGGUUUCCCCAAUAUUCAGACUACAGAAAACUCUCAGCUAUCUUGUUUGUCAUUGUCCCAGGUAGCCUCAACCCCAUUAUUUAUGGUUUACAGUCUAAGGAGAUACGAAAUUUUUUAUAUGAACUUUUUAUUUCUAGAAAAUGUUUUCCAUCAUGUGAAAGUAAAUCUUUGAUUAAACCUGUUCAAAAAGCUUGAAAUAAAUAUCAAAACAUUUGCAGAAUGAGUCCACUUUUGCCAAAAGUCAAUCAUUUUUUAUUAGCAUUCUUACAACUUACACAUUAAGGAUAUGAUAUUAAAUCACAAUUUUCUCUAGAUGCUUCAUUUACUGUUCUCUUUUCUGUCACUUUACCAACAGAGCUAAGAAAAUUAUACAGUGAGCACAAAAUAACUGUUUUUUACAAUUUAAAACAUUCAUUUGCAUUCUUUGCAUGACUUAAAAUGAUUAUCAAAAAAAGUUGCAAACACAUCUCCAGUCUACAGUAACUUUGUCAUGAGUUGUUGUUUGGUGAGGAAGAUGGACGUGGUGAACCCAGGCUGUAGAGUAAAUGAUGGUUUUAAUGAUGACGAACAACAUAAGACAAUAUCCAGGCAGCACAGGUGGCUGAGUAAGCAAGGAACUGACAAACUGGUAGCACUUGAAUUUAAGCAGACAGUGAUGGCAAGGACACAACAUUAGACAAGGUCUGACAGGGA